AUGGUUAGUGGAAACAAAAGUCCGAACGAUCCGACGAAGGUGCCGCCGAAGAAUCGAGAAAAGAAAAGCAACAAUUAUAUUAGGGCUAAUCUAAUAUCGAAGACAUGGUUCGUGUGGAUGAUGCCCACGUUCUGGAGAGGGUAUAAACGGGACCUGUAUGACGCGGACCUCACUAGGCCAAAGGAAAAUCACCAUUCGGACAAAUUGGGUGAUCGACUCGAGAAGUAA